CACUCGCGCAGAAUGUCAGGCAGUGCGUGUUGCCCCGGCCGCGGUGCCGCCUGGAACCCGGGGGCCGCGGGCCAGGGAGCCGCCCGCGCAGCGGCUGGGAGCUGAGGCUGGCGGCGGGCCGCAGCAACUCUGGGGCUGCAGCAGGACGCGGGCAUGCCCCUGCCCUCCAGCAGGCUGGCCACCUGGCGCCCCGCCGAGCCUGGGGACGCCAGCGCAGGGGGGCAGCCUCUCCUCCGAGGUUCCGGGCGUGGGGAGGCCGAGACCCGGGAGUGCAUUUACUACAACGCCAACUGGGAGCUGGAGCGCACCAACCAGAGCGGCCUGGAGCGCUGCGAGGGCGAGCAGGACAAGCGGCUGCACUGCUACGCCUCCUGGCGCAACAGCUCGGGCACCAUCGAGCUCGUCAAGAAGGGCUGCUGGCUGGACGACUUCAACUGCUAUGACAGGCAGGAGUGUGUGGCCACCGAGGAGAACCCCCAGGUGUACUUCUGCUGCUGUGAAGGCAACUUCUGCAACGAGCGCUUCACCCACUUGCCAGAGGCUGGGGGCCCAGAAGUCACGUACGAGCCACCCCCGACAGCCCCCACCCUGCUCACGGUGCUGGCCUACUCGCUGCUGCCCAUUGGGGGCCUCUCCCUCAUCGUCUUGCUGGCCUUCUGGAUGUACCGGCAUCGCAAGCCCCCCUACGGCCACGUGGACAUCCACGAGGACCCUGGGCCUCCACCUCCGUCCCCUCUGGUGGGCCUGAAGCCACUGCAGCUGCUGGAGAUCAAGGCCCGGGGGCGCUUUGGUUGUGUCUGGAAGGCACAACUCAUGAAUGACUUUGUGGCUGUCAAGAUCUUCCCGCUCCAGGACAAGCAGUCAUGGCAGAGCGAACGGGAGAUCUUUAGCACACCCGGCAUGAAGCAUGAGAACCUGCUGCAGUUCAUCGCCGCUGAGAAGCGAGGCUCCAGCCUUGAGGUGGAGCUGUGGCUCAUCACAGCUUUCCAUGACAAGGGCUCCCUCACGGAUUACCUCAAGGGGAACAUCAUCACGUGGAAUGAACUGUGUCACGUGGCAGAGACCAUGUCAAGAGGCCUCUCAUACCUUCAUGAGGAUGUGCCCUGGUGCCGUGGCGAGGGCCACAAGCCGUCUAUUGCCCACAGGGACUUUAAAAGCAAGAAUGUAUUGCUCAAGAGCGACCUCACAGCCGUGCUGGCUGACUUUGGUCUGGCUGUUCGGUUUGAGCCAGGGAAACCGCCGGGGGACACUCAUGGGCAGGUGGGCACGCGGCGUUACAUGGCCCCUGAGGUGCUUGAGGGAGCCAUCAACUUCCAGAGAGAUGCCUUCCUGCGCAUCGACAUGUAUGCCAUGGGGCUGGUGCUGUGGGAGCUUGUGUCCCGCUGCAAGGCCGCGGACGGACCCGUGGACGAGUACAUGCUGCCCUUUGAGGAAGAGAUCGGCCAGCACCCGUCACUGGAGGAGCUGCAGGAGGUGGUCGUGCACAAGAAGAUGCGGCCCGCCAUUAAGGAUCACUGGCUGAAGCACCCGGGCCUGGCCCAGCUCUGUGUAACCAUCGAGGAGUGCUGGGACCACGACGCGGAGGCUCGCCUGUCUGCGGGCUGCGUGGAGGAGCGCGUGUCCCUGAUCCGGAGGUCGGUCAACGGCACUACCUCGGACUGUCUUGUCUCCCUGGUGACCUCCGUCACCAACGUGGACCUGCCCCCUAAGGAGUCGAGCAUCUAAGCCCAGGACACGAGUGGAUCUGAAGAGGAAAGGAAAAAAAAGUUGUGUUUUGUUUUGGAAAUCCCGUAACACCAACAAACACAUAAAAUGCAGCUGCUAUUUUACCUUGA